AUGAUCAGACACGGAGCUUCCAGAACAAGAGAAUCUUCUCAGCAUCGAGCCGGAGCACCCCUCUUCAUGACAGCUUUUCAGACCAUUCUAUGGAGGUGGAUUUCUGGAAUCUUAGGAGUAACAUGCCUUUUGUUGAUGGCUACUUUGGGAAUUGUGUUGAAAAACUAUUAUGGGUAUAGUUCUUGCCAAGAAAGAUGGGUCGGCUAUCAAUGCAACUGUUACUUCAUUUCCAGUGAAUUAAAAAUGUGGAAUGAAAGCAGUGAUAUCUGUGCUAAUCAUAAUUCUACUCUACUUCAGAUGAACAACAGAGAUGAAUUGCAUUUUAUGAAGCGUAAUCCAUACUUUUAUUGGAUUGGAGUCAUCUACAAUACAAACCGCAGUGCCUGGGUGUGGCUGGAUGGUUCCGCUGUCCCCCAGGAUCUAUUUCCAUUCCCUCAAACUGAAAACACAAAGAACUGCAUAGCAUACCGUUCAAAUGGUGAUGUUGUAUAUGAACCCUGUGAGACGAAAAAUUCUUUUAUCUGUAAACAACUUACUUAG